UCUACCGGAAGUUAUUGCGGCUAAGACGAAGACGAAUAUGUUAACAAAAAUAUUUAAGAAGUAUUAUUCUGAAGAUUUUUUCCAUUUUACGUCUUUGUAAUGAAGCCUUUUCAAGAGACGCUUAUUGGAUUGAUCGUUUAGAUUUAACUAUUCAAGAUGCCUUGCUGGUAUUAUGAGAAGAAGGAGAUCAAGAACUCGCCGUCGUACAAAGAUGGAAUUGACUCGUCUACAGAGAAUAGAUACCGAAGAGAGGGCUCCAGAUUUAUUGUUGAGGCAGGAACUAAACUCAAACUGCGAUAUGACACAUGUGCCACAGGAGUUGUGUACUUCCACAGAUUUUACAUGUUUCAUUCAUUUAAAGACUUCCCUAGAUAUGUGACUGCUUCCUGCUGUCUGUUCCUUGCCGGGAAGGUUGAAGAGACGCCAAAGAAAUGUAAGGACAUCAUCAAGAUCUCGCAGACCAUCCUCAAUGGAAAACAGUUUGCCCAGUUUGGAAAUGAUCCCAGGGAGGAGGUGAUGACGCUGGAGAGAAUCCUGCUGCAAACCAUCAAGUUUGACCUCCAGACUGAGCACCCGUACGCCUUUCUCCUCAAGUAUGCCAAAAUGAUAAAAGCUGACAAAGAGAAGGUGCAAAAGUUAGUACAGAUGGCUUGGACAUUCAUUAAUGACAGCCUGUGUACAACGUUGUCUCUGCAAUGGGAGCCGGAGAUCAUCGCUGUGUCGCUGAUGUACCUCGGCACACGACUCAACAAGCUGGACGUCACUGACUGGGAUGGCAAGGUCCUGGGAACCAAACAGCGCUGGUGGGAGUCACUUGUUGCCGACCUCACCGUAGAACUCAUGGAAGAUGUAUGUCACCAGGUUUUGGACCUCUACUCUCCAUCCAAUCAACCGCAGGCAGAGCCCCGUGACUCCCCACCCCCUCCACCACCUGCCUUGAACCCCUCCCGCACUCCUAAUUCACAGUCUGGUGAUAGGAAACGAUCACUCCAGUCGACACCCUCUGACCAAGUGACUCCGGGGAGCCAGUCUCUCAAAUCAAUGAAGAUGGAUCAUGGUGGACAGGCUAAGAGGUCCACCCCGCAGAAGAGUGACAAGGGGAGGGAAUCGAGCAUGUUGCGGGGGGCCAGUCAAGCCUCCAUUGCAGAGCAAGCCCAGCAAUCACACACCCCACAGCAGCUGUCCCAGUCAGGGUCUGUACCAGGCCAGGAUGUGUAUGGAGCCAACCCUGUCAACCCCCAGACCCCUCAGACCAGCUACACCCCUCAAGGGUCUACAGACUUCACCCAGUACAACCCAUACAUCUCCUCAGGACAGUAUCAGGCCUCAUUCAUGUCAGGAGAGGGUGCUCAGAGCAUACAGAACAUUAUGGGAUCCCACCAGCAGGCAGGGGCCUACUCUCAAGCCUCCUCCCAGCAACCCCAGUACCCUAACUACAACCAGCCUCCACCCCCUGUGGUUCCUGGCGCUCCACCACCCCCUGCUGGCCAGUAUUCGGCCAUUCAAGGAUCUGCCCAGUAUCCCCCAGGAUACAACCCAAGCCAGUACCCGUCAAGCGCCGUCGCUCCUGGACCCGUUGGUGGGAACAGACCGGGCUUCAGCCAACCCUCUGCCCAGUCCCAGCAACAGUACCAGGGCUCCUCCUAUCAGCAGUACAACCAGGGACAGUUUUCCAGCUACCAGCAGCCUGCAGGGCAGGGUGGUUACGACACGCAGGGACAGUACGGAGGUGGAGUGGCGACAGGUGCUGGGCAGUACAGUGGGGGCCAACAAACAGGAGGCCAAAGACAAAGGGCUGGCCAGAACCAACGAAACCCCCGACCAUCCAAUAAUCUUGCAACUGUCAGAAUCACAGGCAGGUGAAUGAUUGUGCACUAUAAACUGAUGGGUUAACUACACUUGAGGGACUUAACACAGGUUUCGUUUUACAAGCUCAUUCCUUGUUAGUACAGACUUUGGUGCAUAAUAUCAUGUGCAUAAAUAUACUGAGCAUGUUUUAAUUCCAAGAGUCGCUAUGUUAAUCGCUAUGUUAAUUUGUACAAAAUAAAUAUCCUUAUUUUAAUGGAUUCUACUCUUUGUCCUUGAUGAUAAUAUAGAAUCCAUUUUUAAUGUGUUCAUCAAAUGGCUUUUGAAACAGAUGAUGUGGUGUAUUGAAAAUAAAAGUAAAAUCAAAAUGAAGGCU